GCUGUUCGCCAUCUUUUCCCAUUGCACUAGAUGUAAUUAACUAAGCCAUCUUCCAGGAGCUCUCUGUGUGUUCUUGGGUUAUCUUCCUGAGGAUUCAGCAUCCUCCAGAGUGCAGUAGCCCUCCCUCCCUCCUCAGCCUCUCCAGCAGUAUGCCCGACGCUCAAACGGAAGCAGGCGCUACCAUUUUGAAACACAGCACCGCUAAGGUAAGAUGGUAGACCCACCAGCUCAACAGCGUCAUUAACCGUCGGAUUAUCUCCAACUAAACACAAAAACCGGGCCAUGGACAAGAGCCACACAGUGAAGCUCUUUGUGGGAAACCUGGCUCUGGACACCACCCAGGAAGAGCUGUCAGCCAUUUUUGAACCUUAUGGCCAGGUCGUCAGCUGCAGCGUGCUGCGGCAGUUCGCCUUUGUUCAUCUACAGGGCGAGGGGGCUGCAGAUCGAGCCAUUCGGGAGCUCAAUGGGAGAGAGUUCAGGGGACGAAAUCUGGUGGUGGAGGAGUCCAGGGGGAGGCCGUUGCACUCCACCAAGGUGUUUGUUGGUAAUUUGAGUGGGAUGUGCACCACUGAAGACUUAAAGCAGCUGUUCCAGACAUUUGGGAAGGUUCUUGAGUGUGAUAAGGUCAAAGGCUACGCCUUCGUUCACAUGGAGAAUAAGGAAGAUGCUCUUCAGGCAAUCGAGGCUUUGCACGGUACGUCGUUUAAAGGCCGGCCGCUGUCCGUAGAGCUAUCAAAGGUCCAGCCCAGCAAGCAGACACCCACUGGGAAGAUCCCAUGUGUUAACUGCGGGAAGCAGGGCCACUAUGCUGGAGAAUGUCCUGUGGGGAAGCCGUCUUUAGAGCAGUACCAGAGUCAGGCCGCGGUCUUGGCUGCUGCUGCGGCUGCAGCCGCCGGCCUGCCUCUGCAGGUCCAACAGAGCGUGCACAAUUCAGUCUACAACACCUCCACCUUUGACCCCACUUAUGCAGCUCUCACCGGCAUCACCACAGGCACACGCACUGACGGAAACCCGGUGAAUCCAGCCGUGUACGGGGCCCUCGCCAGCCAGGUGUAUGGUGCUAAUGUUGCCAAUCAGCUAUAUGGGAGCAUGGCGAACCAGGCAGCUUUGACAUCAGGUGCCACACAGAUGUACGGCUCGGUGGGGCCUAAUAUCUACGGCCAGGUGGCCGCAUCGCCUGCAGCUGCUGCUGCCGCGGCAGCGGCCGCUGCUUACACAACUCCAGUUUACACCCCAACUGUCGGCAACCAUCAUUUGUACCUGGCAGCUGCUCCUGGAAUAGAGAUGCAAGCAGCCGCUUCGGUGAACCCCGCUUACUCUGUAGCUUCGGCCAUUUACGGCGCUCCCGCACCGGCCUACGCUCACAUCGGCACCAUGGGAGCAGCAGAUCCCACCGCAGCCCUGUUUGAGGCUGCCAGGCAGGCUCAUUACUUCGCCCAGGGUCAGCAGGUCGUGGCUGAUCAGCAGUCGGCCGCCGCGGCGGCAGCUGUAGCCAAGUCUGGAGAAAGAGACCGCAGUCCCUUGCGCCGGUCGGCACCUCUUCUGCCGGACCCUGUGAUGAAGCCGUUUAUAUACCAGAGGGCCAAACCGCGCAGACCUUUGCUCCCAACACCAGCUGGCCGUGCAGCGGAGGAGGCGGCAGAGGCAGCAGAGGACCCGAUGGCCAGGUACUACGCCGAGUACUACCAGCAGCUGCAGCAGUACCCGCAGUUCCAGUACGCCUACCCGUCGAGCACAGUGGCAGCCAUCGCCGGCAUGCAGGGAGUCCCCGCCAUGUCUGCCCAGCCAGUCGCUACGCUGGAAGCCCUCAGGCCAGUGGUCCCCACCGCCGCUGCUGUGGCAGCUGCCAUGGCUGCGCCCAGGGUGUAUGAGCCGCCGUUGCCGCCGCCUACACGCAAGGAGGCCAUCCUCCACCGCCCCGAACUCUCCCUACACACGCCUGAGCCCCCCUUCCGAUAGUUGCACUCAACUCUCUGCCCCUCUUUCCCCCUCUUUGCCCUGAUCCCCUCACCCCUCUACAUACCUUUUCCACUCAAACUUGACCACCUGUGUAUGUAUGUCUGUGUGCGUUUGUGUCCCUGGGAACUGGCUGGGGGUGGGCGGAGUUGAAACCGUGGGCCGCCGGGCUUAUUAACUGGCUUUAGAACCGCUAACCUUGGUCCAGUUUGCAUAACCACGGUGCAGCUUUGAAGACAGGCCUUCAUCUAUUUUUAUGGGCAUUCUUUGAGCUUUUCCGUUUCGCCGUUUUCUCGUGCCAGUCUCCCACCUUGUGCCAGUAUUAGACUGAACGAGUCAGUCGUUUCCUUUGCCUUUAUUUCCGCAACACCAGUUAUGGUUUCUAGGGCCAAAUCUCCAGUAAAUCACAUCAGCCAUUCUACGUAGGCCUAGACGAUCAGGUAGGGCAGCUAAUCUGAAGCCUUUUUUCGCCUUAUGCUGAUGAGUUUAGAUUUGAUUUGUUCUCAGAAGGGAGGUCGUUCACACAGAUGGUGUACCGGCUGCAUUGUACCGUGUCCAACAGAACCAAGGUUAAUGUAUUGUGGGGGAGUUUUUUUUUUUUUUUGUCCUGGUUGCGACGUGGAUGCUGUGCGUGUGAUUGUGUGAGAUGUGCUGACUCCUGACUCAUCAGUGCACAAAAGUGCAGCUAAGACUGCACUUUGUAGAGUUAAAAAAAAGAAAGAAAAAAAAACGUAAAGCACAGAUAUACGUACUGUAAUGUUUAUUGGUAUCUAUCCUUGCCCCCCUCCUCUGAAUCCCAUUCUCUCCUUGAAUCUAAAACGCUGAGAAGACACUGCUUCACCUCUUCCUCCUCCUAACUACAGCUGCCUACCUCUUACUGUAAAUCUCAGUGUAGAUUGUAUUUUGUUCUGUACUUUUCCACACAUUUCAUCCACCGUCAGCAUUUGAAGCUCUUUGUAAAAGCUGCGGCAGUCUGGAGACUGGGUAGCUAAACUUCAUUUUCUUUUUAAUGUAUAGUAUUCGGUCCUCUUUCAUGUUCAGAGGCCUUUUAAAACAGCAACAAGUGUAAAUAGUCUGUUUCCAUCGUUCGUUUACAUGUGAAUAUAAUGACUUUUAAAUGGGAGAAACGAUGUGUAACCAUUGAAAGAAUUAACUUUGAAGUGCAUCCUUUUAGAAACCAGGAUUAUAUGUGACAAGGUCAUUUUUGUGCCUAAAAGCCUUUAGUGAAGUGCAUUAAGUGGAGGAAUCUCCCAUUUUUUUAAGUGCUUUUAUUUUCCUUUUUGAGUCAUUUCAAGUAACGUAAACGGGAGCCCAAGGGCUCAGAAUCCAGAGGGCUACAAGUGGUUAAGCUCCCACUCCUGUUGCAGGUCUGUUUUUAUCGCAAAUGGUUUAUAAAAGCCACAAAAAGCGGCCCUCAGAGGUUCGUUAUAAGCCUUUGGUUUUUAAGCAGAAACAGCAGUGAUAGCACCAAUGAAGUGAGAGAUGGGGCAGUGUCUCUCAGUGGCCCCCAAAAACAUCCAACCCUUUCUUCAUCUGAUACCGUUUCUGCUUCAUAUCCUUACUCUGAAAAUGUAUUAAAGUAGGUUGUAGUUUACUUGUUAAAUCUACAGUUCCUCGUGGAAAAAAAAAAAGCAUCGCCAUACCCUUGUAAUUUAGUCAGUUUUAUAACCAUAAACUUCUAUGUAUUUUAUUGGAAUAUAUCUGAUAAACCAACACAAAGUUUGACAUAAUUUUACCUAUAGCUCCUCCCAUCUUUUUUUCAUACUCCAAACAGCUUUUCUGCCUUGAAUAAGGAAAAGCAUGCCCACAGCAUGAUGCUCCCACCGUUAGAAUGUAUCUAUUUUAUAGCAUUUUGCAGAUAGGGCAAAAUGUUACGCACCACCUUUCAUAUAUGUGCUGUGUUCCUUUGCAUGGCUUCUUGCAAACUGCAAACAUGACUUCUUAUGAAUUCUUUUCAACAAUAGCUUUCUUUUUGACCCUCUUUCAUAAAGAACAGUUUUUUAUUUUGUUUGACUAAUAGUUGUUUUACCGACAGAUUCUCCCACCUGAGCUGUGGCUCUCUGCAGCUCCUCCAGAACUACCAUGGGCCUAUUGGCUGCUUCUCUUAGUCCUUCCUAUUAGUUUAGGUCGAUUGCCAUGACAUAUGAAUGUUAAACAUCUAAAGCCGGGGUCAGCAACCUUUGUGAAGCUGAGAGCUACUUCAUGGAGUCAAACGAAGGGCUACUAACACUGACCUAUGAACUGGAAGUGUCAGCAUUCACCUAAACUUGAUGUACGAUAAGCAGAUUUGUAGAUAUUGUCACUUUUAAAUCCCCAAAAAUGCAAGUGUGAUUGAAAACGAAAAGCAACAAAAUAAAAUAUCAAUUUUAGACGCAGCUCACUGGUGAGUUGUUCUAUUUUUUAGAAGAUGAUUGAUUGGUCCUUAAGGGCACUGCGUUGGUGACCCCUGAUCAGAAAAGAUUUAUUUCUCUUGAUUAUUACUACAGGUGCGUUAAGUUAUAAGCUGGCUUUCCAAUUUAAUUGGUUGGCUUUGAAUUUUAAAAUUCCAGUUUUCUCCACUUUAUAAUUAUGUUCUACUUUGUGUUGAUCUAUCACAAAAAAGAAAAUGUAUUACAUAAAAAUUAGUGGUUAAAAGGUGAAGGAAGUAUAAGGGGUAUAAAUAGCUUUGUAAGGCGCUGUAGAUGGAGUUUACGGCAUUAUAGUUAGUUAGAACAACCUGAAAAGGUUGAUUUAAACGUGUUGAUACUUUUUACAUUGAUGCCAAAGUCCUGAGUGGCAACUUUUAUCUUGAUUUACACUCAGUACGUUUUAUUUUAUUUGUUGUACCUGCUGUUUAACAGUAGACCGACGCACAAACAGAACAGACCUUCUGAAAUCACCCGACUGCCUCAUCGUUUCCCGCCUCCCCUCUCCUCCUGUGGGUUUUUCUUUAGUAGCUAUAAGUGACUUUUGCAUCUCAAAGUGUAAUCUUUCAGUGUCGUAUAUAUACACACAUAAACACAUAUAUAUACAUAUAUAUAAAAACAUACCAGUUGCAUCCUUUGUAGAAUUAUGUGGUUUACAAAAAAUGAUUUGUUUGCCAUGUGUUUUGUUUUUUUAGAGAAAAAAAAAGUAUUUUGAUUUAGUCUUUUUUUAUAGAACGGUGGAGAAAAAAAAACAUCAGCAUGCCUUUUACUGAGAAAAUGUAUACUUUAUUAUAAUGACAUGAAUAAAGAAUGUUUGGCUGACUACUGUGGUGAAAGAAAGCAAAGGGUUUGGACAUUUCGCCUUCUUUUUGUUUAUGUUCCUCUUCACUAUCUGUCUCUCUUGUGUAAAAUGACCACCGGACCCAUUUGACUGGGGAUCCAGGGGGAGGCAGGUGUAGAUGCUGGCCCAGCUUUGCUCACUUUGGUCAGGGUAAGUGUGGAUAGGAGCUCCUUCCUCUCUCCAGCCUCUCAAACAGGAAUGUAUAGAAAAAUCAUUGCUUAAAAAAAACCCCAAAAAAUAAAUAAAUUUGACUUCAAAGCAUCUAUAGACUCAGUAAAACUGCAGUAAUGGCUGGGGAGAGGCUCACAGAUAGAAUGGCCUGGGUGCAUUUUGAUCUGUGGAGCAGUCCCUCUCUUGGGGUUUGAUGGGUGUGCGUCUGGUCUGGUCCAAGUCUGGUCUCUUUCUCCCUGCUGCACCGAAUUCUCCCCUUUUCGUGUGUCUCUGUGUUCAGUAAACUCUCAGACCUGCAUGUGUGAUAAUCUGUAAUUCUGCCCCAAGGUAAAACACAGAAAGAAAAAAAAAAGCCCAACUCCACAGUCCAGCUCUGAACUAACUAUCUCAACUGAAUUAGGUCACCAUGCUACCUGGAACACGGCCUCGCGUGAGCCAUGGGGACGACUUUUAGCGCGACACGCCACCGCAGCGGAAACUUGUUGUCUCUCUUUCUCUUCACCAGCAAGGUAAAUCGACUUGAAUACAACAAAAAGAAAUUACAGCACUGACCUCUCCUCUCCCUAAAUGCCCCUCCCCCUCUCCUCACUUUCCUCUGACUGUGGCUUGAUGCAACACCUCCCCUUCCCCGCCUUCCUUCCCUCCACCAUCACCACCUCCCCCACUCUCCUCCGAGUCCGUAAUGUGUCUUACUGCAUCGGCAGUGUUUGUACCUGUAGCUUGGGUAUUCUCCUCACUGGGAGUGAUGGGCCGGCUAGGGUGGGGCGGGGUUAAGGACCCCUCAGUAGGACCGAUCCCGUCCUGCAUCAGCAUCUGAGCCUGUACCAUUUGUUUGGGUGGUGUGUGAGCUGGUGAGGGAAAGGUGUCUGUGUGUGCUUGUGUGUGCCAAAAUAUAAAACUGGAGACUUUGGGCGCCAUUUCAUUGGUCAGGGAGGCUUGGCGUAAGUGGACGCAUCCCGAACCCAUCCCCUUGCCAGCUAAUCAGCUCCUGUCCACCGCCGUAUUCGCCGCCCUCAACCCUCUUCACUCUUCCUUACCUCCUCCCCUCCUUUCCUACCCUCACCCCCCCACCCCACUGUCCCUCUUUGCGCAUCUCCUCACCUCUCCGCCGAUUACGCACACAGCGCUUUUUUAUAUAACCCGCCGCCACCGUCUCCACCUUGGAUCUUGGUUCCAUCUCUCUGGCUAGGACUCAACUUCCCCAAAACACCUCCCACCCAUCCCCC